GCGAGCCAAUUCGGAGAAACCCACACAAACUGAAUAAUUUUGAGAAAUCCCCUCCAACCCCGACUUUGAACUUCCGUAGACCGUUUACAGGAGACUCAUCACAGCCGUCAAAAUGCCUCAGGAAAUCGGAGAUAUCAAGCAGUUCAUCGAGAUCUGCCGCCGGUCGGACGCCUCCUCCGCGCGGAUCAAGAAGAACAAGUCUCAGAUCAAGUUCAAGGUCCGCUGCCAGAGACACCUCUACACCUUGGUUCUCAAGGACUCCGACAAGGCGGAGAAGCUCAAGCAGAGCUUGCCUCCCACCCUCGUCAUCACUGACAUUCCCAAGAGAAACAAGAAGGUCCAGGCUUAAAUUCUGACGACUGUCUCCCGAAAACAACAAUGGAAGCAUGGUCUAGAGUUUGAGCUCUGCCGGGGCGGGGUUGGUGGCGUUGGCAUGACGGAGGAAUUCGACUUUUGUGCUGGGUCCAGGCUUCAAGUCUGCGACUCGAUGAAUACGGCGUCUCGGGAAAUAAGCGAUACGAUUUAGGAACGAACGUGGGAGUUUACCUCGUCUUUGUCUUGUUGAAAGGCAGGAAAGGGGUUCUCUUCAAAACAAUGGAUUACGUCCGGCUGCCAACGCUAUACAAAACAAAUCAAGACAAAAAAACACCUGUACUGGUCUGGUCCCUUGUCUUCCGCGUGAUUAUGUGAAUUUGGGCUGGGUUAGCAUCGACAAAGUGUUGCUCCAUCUGAUCGAAUCCACUGCGUAACUGAGGCUUAGACUGAUGCAGCAGCAGCAACCAAAUGGCUUUGGGCGUCAACUGUGUGAUGUUGGACCACCACCAAGCCUUGUGGCUUUGGAGGUUGCGAUCGGCGUUCC